AUGCCGCCCACCGUCGCAUCGUCGUCGCCGCCUCGCCUCUCGCCGCCUCUCGCGCGGAGCGUCGUGGCGCUGGCGGCGCUGCUGCUGCUCCUCGCGGUCCCCAGCAGCGCGCCCCCUCCGCACGACGGUCCCCCGCGCCAGCAGCGGCAGCAGCGGGGGGCGCAGUACAUCGUGGAGCUGCGCGGCGCCCCCCUCGCCACGUACCGCGGACACCUCCCCGGCUUCCCCGCCACCGCGCCCAGGGACGAGGGGGCCGACCCGCACUCUGCCUCUCCUCUCCCCCCGCCCCAGAGCGGCAGCAGCAGAAGCAGCAGCAAGCAGCAGCAAGGGCAGCAGCGGCGGCGGGGGAUAGACAUGAGGGCGGGGCACGUGAGGGCGCUGAGGCGGGCGCUGCAGCGGCAGCAGGAGCAGGUGGCGGCGGACGCGGGGGUGGCGGCAGCGGCCGUGCUGCUGCACGUGCACACCGUGGCCCACGCCUUCGCCGCUGCCCUCUCCCCCCUGCAAGUGUGGCGCCUCAAGAGGCACCCCGCCGUGGCCUCCGUGCGCCGCACCCGUGUCUUCCACGCGCCCGCCGCCACCACCACGCCUCCCUGGCGCGCUCGCCCCACCCCUGCGUGGAACGCAUCUGCCUCCACGGCAUCUGAGCCGCGCACGUACGAUGCAGACGCCGCCUCCUUCAUGGGGCUGCCGGGGUCGCUGUGGCAGCAGGCGGGCGGGCAGAGCAGCGCGGGCACGGAUGUGGUGGUGGGGGUGGUGGGGUCGGGCAUCUGGCCUGAGCACCCCGCAUUCCAUGCCUCGCAGGCGUUCAGCGGUGUGCCGGCGGGGUGGCAGGGCGCGUGUGACUCAACGCCCGACUUCACGUGCAGCGGGAAGAUCAUCGGCGCGCGGCGCCUGUACGCGGCGAACCAGCACAGCACAGGCGGGCCCGACUUCAGCGCGGAGUAUGACUCGCCGCGUGACAUGCAUGGCAGCGGCACGUGGAGCGCAGCAGCAGCGGUGGGCAACGCGGUGACGUGGGCGGAUGGGGCGACGACGAGUGGCAUGGCGCCGGGAGCACGGGUGGCGGUGUACAAGGCGGUGUGGGCGGGGUACGGGUUUGAGGCGGACGUGCUGGCGGGGGUGGACCGCGCCGUGGCGGACGGCGUGCACGUGCUGUGCGUCACGGUGGGGGGGUUCAAGGGCUCCCUCGCCACCUACUUCACUGACGCCCCCUUCCUGCACGCCCAUGCUGCAGGCGUGGUGGUGGUGAUGGGGGCGGGUGACUGGGGGCAGCCCAACUUCUGGCGGCUGCUGGGGGCAUACAUCCGCGUCAUCGACAACUUCUCGCCCUUCUACCUCACUGUGGGCGCCAGCACGGUUGCAGGGCAAGGGGGGUUGUCAGCUGUGGCGUCUGCUCGCCACACCAGCACAGCCUUGACACCUGCUGUUAGCAAUAGCAGUGUCGUCAGCGCCACAGCACCACAAUCAUUGGCAUCAUCAGCAGCAGCAGCACAGCCAGCCAGCACAGCAGCUGCCACAGUGGCGGCCUUCUCCUCAGCGGGCCCGCUGGUGUGGCCGUGGUACCGGGUGCGCCCGCCCUUCCCCACCAACUCGCUGCUCAAGCCCGACCUCCUCGCCCCGGGCGUCGACCUCUGGUCCGCCGCCCCCGCCACCACCAUUGGUGCCCCUGGAGACCUCAUAAACCGCACCGGCACGUACCUGGCCGCACCGCUGGUGGCAGGUGUUGCAGCAGUGCUGGUGCAGCUGCGGCCUGGGUGGUCGCCCGCACAGGUGAUGUCAGCACUCAUGACGUCCGCUCGCACCACCACGGCGGGCGGUGCGCCCAUGCGCACGGCGGCGGGUAGGAAGGCAACGCCGUGGCAGAUGGGGUGUGGGGUGGUGCAGGCGGCGCGCGUGGCGGAUCCCGGGCUGACCUUCGACGCCAGCGAGCGCCACCUGCGCAACUUCCUCGCGGGGCAGAGCUGGUUCCGCACGCGCAGGCUCUUCCCCGCCGCUGCUCUCACGCGCCUGCCCCCGCGCAACCUGAACCGCCCGUCCAUCGCGCUGGGGCGCGCCAAGGGCGUGACCAUCAUCCUGCGCACCGUGACGAACGUGGCGGCUGUGCCGUCCACUUACACGGCCACGGUGGUCAACCCCUGGGGGGUGGUGCUCACGGUGACGCCGCGUCGAUUCACGAUCGCGCCUGGCGAGAGUGUGACGUACAGGGUGGUGGUGCGCGUGGUGGGCAAGUCGAUGAGUUUCUUCUACGGCAGCAUCACGUGGCGGGACGAGGUGGGCCAUGUGGUGCGUUCGCCCGUGGUGGUGCAGCCACAGCGCCUGCUCAAGUGGUGCAUCGGGUGCACCAAGGAUGGCGUCAUCAAGUGGCCUGGCGGCCCGCCCUAG